CCAAUAUGUUGCUGAAGGUGAGACGUGGAGGGUCAAAAAAAUAUGUCAAACUGGACGAAGUCCACUUCUCAGACUUCAUCAGAGCAGUGCAACAGAAGUUUCUCAUAGCAGAAAACACAAUGCUGAAAGUCACCGAUGAGCAAGGCAUAGAGGUGGAUGAGGAUGUCUUUCCUGAAGUGGCAACAGUCCAAGACAUUUGUUUUGUCAUCUACACUGAUUAUGACCUCCCACUGGCAGAAUCAUCCAAAAACAUGGAUGACUGCUCCAACCUGACAGAAUCUGUUGACUGCUCCAACCUGACCGAAUGUGUGAUACUUACAACAUGUGAUCUUACCAACCUGCAGCAACAUGGUGAAGGUCCCUUUUCUCCAAGUUGUACAGAUACAUUGUCUGUCUCAACCUCAAGCAGCCUAAGCAGUGACACAAGUGAUGCUGGAUGUGAAAGGAUUCAACCUAUGAGGGAGAGUACCCGGGCAAGAAAUAUGGUGGAGCAGGUUCUAACUUCUAAGCCGGCAGGGUUGACUGUGAUCAAAGAGUACGACGAUACUGGGAGUCUGAAAGAUUCCACCAGGCGAUUAAUGGUGAACAUCAUUGUAGCUCACAUGUGUGAAAAGGAAGGGAGAGGUGUAAGUAAAGCGACGAAGGAGUUCCAUGCACUUGGGAUUGUGUCACUUUUCCCAUCUCUUAAGGACCCUUACUCAACAAAAGGAUAUGAACAUUUCUAUGACAUUCAGAGCAACAAAGGCUUUCUCGAGUGGCGUCUCAAGACUGCAACGCCAAUCCAAACCCACGUCAACAUUCCAUGACAGAGUGGAGCUACAAGGAGGUCCAACCUCAUCCAGAAGUUUUGGUUCCAUAAACGACCUGCAAACAGGAGACGACUGUAUGGAAGCCAUGUCUCUUCUUCACCACACCACUGACCAUGACCUAGUCUUCCAGAAGAUGAGAGAAACUUUCCACUAUCGUCAACAGAUGAUCCAUGACCAACAGCAAUCUGCCAACAUACUUCAAAUGUUUCCUCGUUUCUUGGACACUAAAGGACUGAUUCUGCAAGAUUUCUCAUUGAUGUUCGGAGCCGAAACUGCAUCCAGGUUCCUGGAAAGAUGGAACAGCGGUUUUAAAGACAAAGUCCUACGAGAGGCCAGGGACCUUAGAGGCUGAAUGAAGCAUCUGACACCGAU